AGAAAGAGACGCAAGAACAUUGCGACCAAUUGCGUCAAGGGGUUGGAGCGAGAAGGGAAGAGGCGGCUGGCGUCAGUGGAGUUUGCUUCGGGGCUCGGCGGCACGAAGACGCCAUAUUGGCACGCGGUGAGCGAGUAUAGAGCGGCGACUGACGAACCGACAAGUGCGAGUAUCAGGGACCGCGAGUGCAACGGAGAAUAACCUCCGUCCAGACGAUAGCAGCCAACAGACAGAAGCUGCCGCAGACCCGCGCGGUUUUCAGUGAUCAAUUUAGUUUACUCGUAACGGCCAGUUGGCUUUUGCUUGUUGUCGUGAGCGCGCGUGCUAGCAGCGAGCGAGCAUGGAUCCGGCCAAGCUGAAGGUCGUGGAGCUACGGGCUGAGCUGAGUAAACGCGGCCUCGACACCAAGGGUAACAAGCCGGUGUUGGUCGAUCGAUUACGCCAGGCCCUCGACGAUGAAAAGACCGCUGGCGGACCUUCUGAGUCGCUAGUUGUUCCUACUCAAAAGCUAGAUCAAACUUCAGAAAGUGAAGAUGACACAGAAUGUUCAAAGCCACCACCUAGAACUCCCAGUAGAUCAUCUAGACAUACUUCAAGAGAGCCCACAACUCCUGCAAAAACUCCGACCAGAAGAAGUAGUUCUAGAUCUUCACUGAGCAGACAAUCACCUGCCAGAUCUACUGCAUCAGAAAUCCAUAUAGAAUCUGCCUUAGAACCUAUAGUUGAGGAAGAUAAGUCUUCACCCAAUAAGGAUGUUGCUCCUGCUGUCUUACCUCAGAAAUCAGUUGUAUCAGUUGAAUUAUCUAAAAAAGAUGAUGCACAAACUCUAAGCCCCAAAAAGGAUUCUGAUGAGCCAGCAGCUGCUCCCGAGAUUGUUUCUUCCCCCACAACACUUAAGCAACAGACUGUUAUUACGUCACCUAAGAAACAAGAACUUCAAACUACACCUAAAAAAGAACAGAAAGAAAUUGUAGAAAAUGAGUCCCCUAAGAAAAUUCAGUUGGAAGUUGUAAAAGAAGCUGAAAAACAUGUACCUGACCAAGCACAAGAAAUCACUCGACGCUCCAGUGAUGAAAUUCAAAAACUGGCUAAUGCUCAGAGUCCAAUCAAAACUGGAGCUCAGAGUCCAAUCAAAACUAGAGCUCAGAGCCCACCUAAGCAAUCUGUACCUCAAAGCCCAGGUAAACAGCAAACUGUGGUUCAAAGUCCAGUUAAGCAAGCUGCUGAAAGUCCUGUUAAAGAAAAAGCUCAAAGCCCUGUAAAGACACCAGUCAAGACUACAGAAUCUCCUGUCAAGGUGGAGGAGAAUCUUGCCAAGACACAGACACCAAUCAAGACUACUGAGAGUCCUAUCAAGACAGUGGAACUGACACCUGCCAAGACUACAGAGUGUCCUGACAAGACAGCAGAACAGACACCAGUGAAGACUGAUGAGAGUCCUGCUAAGACAGCAGAAGAGAUACCAGCCAAGACUACUGAAAGUAGUCUUGCCAAGGCACAGACACCAGUCAAAAUUGUCGAAAUUCCUGACAAGGCAAUAGCUCAAAAUCCAGUUAAACCAUCUAAUAAACAAAGUCCAUCACAUGAAACUGCAGUGAGUCCAAAUAAAAAACUGAAAGCUGAUUUAGCAGAACCAAUGCAAACAGAUAAAGUGGAAGUUAAAGACUCAAAGGAUAAAGCAGAUGCCCAAUCUAUGGAAGUAGAUCAAGUAAAUGAUGCUAAACCCAUGGAAACAGAUGGACAGCCAGAAGAGGAACAUGAGAAAAAAACAGAAGAUAGAAAGCGUAAAAGAUCGCCUAGUCCGCGUGAAGAAGCUCCGCGAGCUCCGCCAAUCGCAAGACCAGAGAAUGAACCAGUGUUUGAUGAAAAGUCAGUGUUAUUAUCGUGGUAUGACUCCGAUUUAAAUCUGGUGAUCAAUGCUUUGAAUUUUCUGUCGGCAUCACCAAUGCAAGGAGACGGUUUUAAUUUUAUGUGGGCUGGUGUGCGUGCCUCUCAUGGUUUUAACAAGGGCAAAAUUUACUAUGAAGCGAAAGUUACGUCUGAAUUUGAUAAUAUCUCAGCUGCAGCCGCUGCUAGUAAGGGUGACAAUAGUGGAGCCAUUCCCGCUGAUGAUGAGAAAAUACCUAGUAUUUUAAGACUUGGUUGGUCAAUAAUAGGCACAACCUUGCAAUUAGGUGAAGAGAAAUUUUCCUAUGGAUACGAUGGGUCAGGGAAAAAAUCGACAGACAAAGAAUUUACUGAAUACGGCAAGCCUUUUGCCAAAAAUGAUGUUAUCGGGUGUUACGCCGAUUUUGAAACCGACGAAAACGUGACAUUAAUUUACACGUUGAACGGGGAAACUCAAGGUCCAGCAUUUGUUGUGAAGAAGGACGAAUUGGAAGGUAAAGCUUUGUUCCCACACUUGCUGGGCAGAAAUUGUUCAUUUUCAGUAAACUUUGGGCAGGAAGAAAACUGGAGCCAACCUUUAGAAGGAUACCACUUUGCUGGUAAAGUUGAUGAAAAUGAUCGAAUUCUCGGUCCUCGCCGACCUGAAAAAAGAGAAGACUGUGAGGUCAUUCUCCUUUGCGGUCUACCGUUAUCUGGAAAAACUUCAUGGGCUAUGAAACAUGUAGCUGAGAAUCCAGAGAAAAUGUAUAGCGUCUUAGGAACGCACAGUCUUAUUCAGAGAAUGACGGUUGAUGGAGCGCCUUUGAAAGACAAGUUCAAGGGGCGUUGGGAACACGUUGUGGAAAAGUGUUCAAGAGCCGUCAACAAAUUACUAGAAUCAGCUCCAUCUAGAAGGAGAAAUUACAUUUUGGAUCAACAAGCAAAUGUAUAUGGAUCAGCUCAAAAGCGAAAGAUGAGAAACUUUUAUGGAUUUCAUCGAAAGGCAAUAAUUUUACUACCAACCGAUGACGAAUUGAAAGCACGCAUAGCCAAACGUAAGGAGGAGUCUGAUGGCGAGGAGAUUAGAGAAUCAUCUAUGUUGGAAGUUAAAGCAAAUUUGUCUGCCCCAAUGGUCGGCGAGUCAUUCGAAGAAGUUAUAUGGGCCGAACUUGCAGAAGAAGAGGGCAAAAAACUGAUUGAAUCAUAUAUAUCAGAGGGUAAAUCUGCUGGAUACGGACAGAAUCAGCAGUCCAACAAACGAUCUCGCUUCGAUAACGGGAACAAAGACCGCAACAAUCGGGAUAACCGCAGGCCAGGCUUCAACGACAGAAGAAGCGGAGGUCCGUGGAGAGGUGGGCCCGGUGGCGGUUGGCGUGAAGGCAACCGUAUGCGGGGAAGUCCGAUGGGCGGCCGCUAUGGAUCACCGGGCGGCGGUUGGCGAGGUAGGGGCGGACCACCUCCUAGAAUGGGAGACCGCAACGACCGACGUCAAGGGAACGACCGCAACAGACAGUCCGGACGCCCCGGCGGCUGGAACGCUAUGGGUUACCAAGGUGGCGGUGGCUCUAGCGCAUGGGCCAGUCAAGGCUGGGGUGGCCAGUCGGGCGGCUGGGGCGGCCAAUCGGGCGGCUGGGGAAGCGCUCAGCAGGCCUGGGGUGGCAGCGGCGGCAGCUGGAAAGGUUACGGCGGUCAGAACAACUACGGCGGAGGCUCCAGCGGCAAUAGUAGCGCCGCUGGUUACGGCUCGAGUGGUUACGGCAAUGGCGCCAACUGGAGCAACUGGAGUAGCCAGUAUUAUAAUCAGUAUUGGGGUGGCAACCAGCAGGCCUCCGGCACCAACACUGGCGCAACUCAGAGCGUUACCGGUCAGCAGACCCAGUCGGCUCAGCCCGCUGCCUCGCAGACCAGUCAAGCCGCAAGCGGCACUAGCACGACAACUGGUGCAACCGACGGCUACGACUACUCCAAUUGGCAGGAUUAUUCGCAGUCCUACGGCUACGCGGCUGCAGACUCGCAAAAUCAACAGCAGCAGCAGCAGCAACAGCAGCCGCAGCAACAGCAGUAAGGACGCACAAUAAUUGAAGUUUAGCGAUUUAUGAUGCCAUCGAAAUAUUAUUGCCUACCGUACACUGCGACGAGAAGCUGCGAUUAUUUGCUCAAAAUAAACAAAAACAAACGUUCGACGAGCAGCUUUCGUUGAUUGGUACGUCUCUCUUGCAUUUUCCUAAAUUACUUGUGUCACAGGAAAGAGAGAGAGAGCUACGUAAUAUUUGACCGUAGGCAAGUACAUCUAGAUUUUUUACACAUGAAUACGUGCGCGCGCGCACAUACACAUACAUGCACGCACGCGCACACGCACACACAACACAUCAUACACACAUACAAAUGAGUUAUUCCUCGGAAACAAUUUACUUUUACUUCGGUACGAUUUUGAAAAAAUGUCAAAAGGGUAAACGCCUAAUUUUUUCACAUUAUCAUUCUAUGGGCUACCUAAGAGAGAAAAAAUUGCGCCCAUCGGUAAAAAUACUCGAGAAUUUUUUCAACUCGUAACAAAGCUAAAAUUCACAAAGUAAAAUACAUUUUAUUAAAAUUACAUGAAAUUGAUAAAAAAAAUUAAAAAUGAUAGCGUCAAUCUAACUUCAACUCUUCCUAUCCAAAAUUCGACUCUUGCAGAGCUUUCUUAUUGAGAACUCUGUAAAGGUUAAAAAAUAAACAAAGAUAUAGAAUUUGACGUUUUUGGAGCCGCUAAAUUCACAUUAGAAUCCAAAUUCCAUUUUUUUAAUUACCCAUGAAAUUCUAAAAAACCAUAUAAAGCUAAAAUAUAUUUUGGUUUUUAUUGACGUCAGCACUCGUUUGGGCAGAAAAGGGUGUCACCAACAUGUGGAGCGAUAGGUUAAAUUAUUUUCGGGUGGGCCACUCUUCGUAGAACGAUAGAGUCAAAAAAAUUAAGUGCACACAGCGCAAAUCUUCGGUAGUGUCGCUAAUUGAUUAUUUGAAAAGACGAUACCAACUUAUGGCACUUUUCUGGCAGGAUUGCCUCUAUGGUUACAUAUGUUAAGUGCGUGCGUACAUGUGUGGGUGUAUAGGCGCGAUGGUGCUUAUUUAUGGAUUGAGAUGCACCAAACAAUCGACGAGCGAGCCAAUAAGCCAGGAUAAGCAUUUUCCACGGGUUAAAAAUGCAUAUAUAGAUUAUAAUGAUACGACUUGCAUAAAUACUGAUGGUCGGCACGAGUUUUUGAUGACCGGAUCAUGGCAUUCACGCUACAGAGCUUCAUGUAAAUAUGUAAAAAAUAAAUUUAUACCGACCUUCUGAUUUUUUUAAAAGCGCUCUUAUGCUGUACGAGGGUGUUAAUUUCUCUUCUAAUGCAUUAGUAAUCUGCUUUUUAUUUUUCAACUAUACCUUUUAGACAUAAUAAGUAUCCAAAAGUGAGCUUGUUCAACGCUCGAGCUCGACAUUUCAUUCAAAAUAUUAAUAUCUUAAAUUCAAACAACUUUGACUGUCGAUUUUUCUUAUUCAAGACGUAGAAUUUUUUUCUAAUCUUAUUUGUUCUACAUCGUUUGUCUUACUUAUUCGAUAAUUCAAUAUGCAUAAAACAGAUAUAUCUUGUAAUUCCCGACUCAUGAAUAUUGCGUAGAUUUAUUUAAAAAUAAAUAAAUAAAAUCGCCUUUUUUAUUAAGUUAAAAUGUAUCAGUUACCUUUAAUAUGUUGUUUUUAAAUACAAUAAGUAUAAUAAAUAUAA